CUUUUUCAUCACACGCGUUGGAAUAUUCUUGGUCCCAUCUUGUUCAUUAUUGGCUUUUAUUCUUCAUAACUGUGAAAAACAAUUACCUUUUUCAUUUCUUUAUUUACUUUUGAAUCUGGGUCUUUUUUUGUUUUUCAUUCCAAGUAAAUCAACUGAAUUCUGAUCCAGUUUCUUCAUCUGGGUUUUCAAUCUUGGUUAAUUUUGACAGUUUCAGAUAUGGGUUGUUGCCUGACAAAAAACAAAGAUCCAAUGCCCCAACACAAUGCUCAUAGAUCAUUAGAAACAACAGCAGCAGCAGCUGUUCAUCAACAGAGACACCAGGAACCUAUUAGGCCAGCACCGGUUCAACCGCAAGUCUACCACAUCCCGCAAAAGCCAGGGACUCAAACAUCAUGGAAGCCGCCUGCUCCGGCACCAAGCCCCAAGCCUGCCCCGGGAGUCGACACGAUUCUAGGCAAACCGUAUGAAGACAUAAGGAUGCACUACACGAUUGGUAAAGAACUGGGGAAAGGUCAGUUUGGUGUAACUUAUCUUUGUACCGAGAUUUCAACUGGGAAACAAUAUGCUUGCAAGACUAUAUCCAAGAGGAAAUGUGACAAAAACGAUAAGGAAGACAUGAAAAGGGAGAUACAGAUUAUGCAGCAUUUGAGUGGACAGCCGAAUAUUGUGGAGUUCAAAGGUGCUUAUGAGGAUAAGCUAUCUGUUCACCUUGUGAUGGAAUUGUGUGCUGGUGGUGAGUUGUUUGAUAGAAUUAUUGCUAAGGGACACUAUAGUGAAAGGGAAGCGGCUUCUAUAUGUAGGGCAAUUGUUAAUGUUGUCCAUGCUUGUCAUUUUAUGGGUGUGAUGCAUAGGGAUCUUAAGCCUGAGAACUUCUUGUUGUCUAGCAAGGCCGAGAAUGCUCUUUUGAAGGCCACCGAUUUCGGGUUGUCGGUGUUCAUUGAAGAGGGAAAGGUUUAUCGGGAUAUAGUUGGGAGUGCUUACUAUGUUGCUCCUGAAGUAUUAAAGCGUAGAUAUGGAAAGGAGAUAGAUAUUUGGAGUGCAGGAGUUAUAUUGUAUAUCUUACUCAGUGGUGUUCCUCCAUUCUGGGCAGAAACGGAGAAGGGAAUAUUUGAUGCUAUUUUGGAAGGAGAAAUUGACUUCGUAAGUCAACCAUGGCCAUCUAUUUCGGACAGUGCCAAGGACCUAGUCCGCAGAAUGUUAACACAGGACCCAAAAAAGCGGAUUACAUCUACUCAAGUACUAGAGCAUCCGUGGAUAAGAGAAGGUGGAAAUGCAUCGGACAAGCCACUAGACAGUGCGGUUCUUUCUAGAAUGAAGCAAUUCAGAAGAAUGAACAAACUAAAGCAACUUGCCUUAAAGGUCAUUGCCGAAAACCUCUCCACAGAAGAAAUCCAAGGUCUGAAGCAAAUGUUUGCAAGCAUUGACACCGACAACAGUGGCACAAUCACCUAUGAUGAACUCAAGACUGGAUUGGCUCGGCUUGGAUCAAAGCUCACGGAGGCUGAAGUUCAGCAACUGAUGGAAGCGGCUGAUGUGGAUGGAAAUGGUUCUAUAGACUACAUCGAAUUCAUCACUGCUACGAUGCACAGACAUAGGCUCGAAAGAGAUGAACAUUUGUAUAAAGCUUUUCAACAUUUUGACAAGGACAACAGCGGGUACAUCACAAGAGAUGAACUAGAAGCUGCCAUGAAAGAAUAUGGAAUGGGUGACGAUGACACAAUCAAGGAAAUCAUAUCUGAAGUUGACACCGAUAAUGACGGUAAAAUCAACUACGACGAGUUCCGCGACAUGAUGAGAAGUGGAACUCAACAUGGGCAACCCUUUUAGAUCUACCGGAAUCGCAACAAAACAGCAACGAUUUGGUUUAAGAGAUACCUUUGGAUGUUUCCAUCACAUAAAAUUGUUUGGUUUCGGCUAUUUUCUUCUUCUCGAGUGUAAUAUAUUGCAUAUAGAUGUUCGUUUACAUUUUUCGACGAAUCUUGUGCUCGAUCUAUAGAUAGAUUUGACAACUGAUA